GGGAGCUCGACUUCCCCUCCAAUCACGAGCUUGGACGUUCAUCGAAAGACAUCGAAGGCCUAGAGCUUUCCACGAGGCUCGCGCGUGUGCAGGCCUCUGGGAACUGAAAUACUUCAAACGGACCAUAUAUUCUGACUUCCCUACACAUAAGAUCGGAUCUAAGCUCAAGCUGAAAAUACAUACUUCAAGUGAUUGAAGAUACAGUCGACGUUUCGUGUUCUUCAGGUCCCCUGGAAGCAACAGUUCCCAGCAUGUCGACCGCAGAAGAGCUCAAAGCUCUCGGCAACAAGGCCAUCGCGGCCAAGAACUUCGACGAAGCCAUUGACAAGUUCACCCAGGCCAUCGCACUCGACCCCAGCAACCACAUCCUCUACAGCAACCGGUCAGCCGCAUAUGCAUCGAAGAAAGAGUGGGACAGCGCCUUGAAAGAUGCCGAGAAGACUACCGAGUUGAAGCCGGACUGGCCCAAGGGCUGGGGGCGGAAAGGUAGUGCGCUGUAUGGGAAGGGCGAUCUGCUGGCCGCACACGAUGCCUACGAACAAGGAUUGAAGCUCGACCCCAACAAUGCCGGCAUGAAGAAUGACCUUGCGUCCGUGAAGAGAGCCAUGGAGCAAGAAGCCGGAGGAGCCGGCCUUGACCCAACUGGUGGUAUUGGCAAGAUGUUCAGCGACCCGAACCUUAUCCAGAAGCUGGCCAGCAACCCGAAGACCAGCUCGCUGCUUGCUGAUCCAAGCUUCAUGGCAAAGCUGCAGGCGAUCAAGCAAAACCCCAACAACAUGCAAGACCUGUUCAGUGAUCCCCGGAUGAUCCAGGUGCUCGGGGUGCUGAUGGGUGUUGACAUGGAGCUGCGCGAUACUCCCGACGACGGCCCCGGUGCCUCUGGCUCGCGGGUCGAGGCUGAGGAGGAUAUCAAGAUGACAGAUGCCCCGCCGAAGAAGCCAGAACCGGCAAAGAAGGCCCCGGAGCCUGAACCGGAGCCGGAGAAUUUGGACGAGGAGGCUCUCGAGAAGAAGAAGGCGAAGGAGGCAGCCGACAAGGAGAAGCAGCUCGGCACCGAGAACUACAAGAAGCGGAACUUCGACGAGGCGAUCAAGCACUACCAGGCGGCCUGGGAUCUGCACAAGGACAUCACCUACCUGAACAACCUAGGCGCGGCCUACUUUGAGAAGGGGGACUUCCAGGCCUGCAUCGACACCUGCACGAAAGCGGUCGAGGAGGGACGCAGUCUGUACGCCGACUUCAAGCUCAUCGCCAAGGCCUACGCCCGCAUCGGCACGGCGUACGAGAAGCAAGGGGACCUCUCCCAGGCCAUUGACUUCUACAACAUGUCGCUGCGUGAGCACCGCACGCCCGAGGUGCUGACCAAGCUUCGUGCCGCCGAACGGAACAAGAUUGAAGCUGCCCGCAAGGCCUACAUCGACCCGGCGAAGGCUGAGGAGGCUCGCGAGGAGGGCAACAAGAAGUUCAAGGAGUCAGACUGGCCGGGCGCCGUGGCGGCUUACUCGGAGAUGAUCAAGCGAGCGCCCGACGACCCGCGUGGUUACAGCAACCGCGCAGCGGCCUUUAUGAAGCUGCUUGAGUACCCAAGUGCUUUGGACGAUUGUGACAUGGCUAUUAAGAAGGACCCCAAGUUCAUCCGUGCCUACAUCCGCAAGGCUCAGGCAUACUUCGGCAUGCGCGAGUACAGCAAGUGCGUGGACGCCUGCACUGAUGCGGCGAAUGUGGACGUUGAGCACCACAAUGGCCUGAAUGCCAAGGAGAUCGAGCAACAGCAGCAGAAGGCCUUUGCCGCCAUGUAUGCCUCACGCGAGAACGAGACAGAGGAGCAGACUCGCGAGCGGCUGAUGCGGGAUCCUGACAUCAUGGGCAUCAUGCAAGACCCGGUCAUGCAGGCUAUCCUGCAGCAGGCGCAAUCUGACCCUGCCGCGCUGGCAGAGCACAUGAAGAACCCUACCGUCCGCACUAAGAUUCAGAAGUUGAUUGCUGCCGGCGUUAUCCGUGUGGGAAGGUAAAAAGGAGGUAUCAUGGCUUCGGGAGAUGGAGUUAGGGUCAUAAGGGCGUUACGGGAGGGGGCCCAAGAGGCCCGAGA